GGCGGCCAGCUCGUUUUCCUUCCUCUCCUUUGACCAGGGGUGCAACGAAGCGAAGGCGCGUGGGCUCGCCUGCCAUUUGCUUGGGUUGACCUCUUCCCUGCGCAGCCGCGCUGGGGAGGAAGAAGACGCAGGGAGUUGGUGCCCCCCUCGCCAUUCAAUGCAUGUAUAACAGUACAGCGAGGCUUGGUGUCAUGACCUUGCGGAUCGGAGGGGCUCACCUUACAAGUUGUGCAGCUCUCUCUCUCUCUCUCUCUCUCUCUCUCUCUCUCUCUCUCUCUCCCCCUGGGUUUUGCGUUGAGACGGAUAGAGAAGAAGAGUUCACGGCCAGGGCCAACCACGCAGGGGGAGCGUGCCUCCGGGUUCCGAUCAUGAAGGCGCCGGCGCGGUGGCGGGUCCUGCCGCCGCUGCUUCUCGUGCUGCUGCUGGCAAGCCUUCCUGCCGGCUUCUGCGACACCAACUCACAAGAUGUUUCUGCUCUCCAAUCUCUGAUGAGCCAAUGGAAGAACUACCCGUCCAGCUGGUCGUCGAGCGACCCCUGCGGCCUGCAGUGGGUCGGUAUCAUGUGCAACAACGGCAGGGUGACGUCGCUGAGGCUGUCAAGUGUCAACGUUCAGGGUACGCUCAGCAACAGCAUCGGCCAGCUCAGCCAGCUCGUGUACCUGGAUCUUUCCUUCAACAUUGGUCUCGGUGGUCCGAUGCCUGCUUCGAUCGGGAGCCUCUCUCAGCUUACUACACUGAUCUUGGCUGGCUGCAGCUUCACAGGAGGCAUUCCACAAGAACUAGGCAACCUACCACAGCUCUCAUUCCUGGCACUGAAUUCAAACAAGUUUACGGGCAAAAUACCGCCUUCACUUGGUCUACUCUCAAACCUCUUCUGGUUGGAUCUGGCUGAUAAUCAGCUUUCUGGACCUAUCCCGAUCUCAACAGCAACGACACCAGGGCUUGAUCUACUUACCCACACAAAGCACUUCCAUUUCAAUAAGAACCGGUUAUCUGGAACGCUUACAGGCCUCUUCAACUCCAAUAUGACUCUGAUACACAUAUUGUUCGAUAGCAAUCAGCUUUCUGGCUCAAUCCCAGCAGAGAUAGGGGGCGUUUCAACACUCCAAGUUCUGCGACUAGAUAGGAACGGUUUUGGGGGAGCAGUUCCUCCGAACAUCAGCAACUUGGUUAAUCUAAAUGAGCUGAACUUGGCAAGCAACAAGCUCACUGGAUCACUGCCAAAUCUUAGCAGCAUGACCAAAUUGAAUGUUGUGGAUUUAAGCAACAACUCAUUCGCCGCUUCAGUAGCCCCAAACUGGUUCACAACGUUAACAUCCCUUACUUCUGUAUCCAUAGCUUCCGGACAACUUUCUGGCGAGGUCCCCAAGAGUCUCUUCACAUUGCCCCAGCUGCAGCAAGUUGUACUGAGCAAAAACGCAUUCAACGGGACACUUGAGAUCACAGGCAACAUCAGCAAACAACUGCAGGCUAUUAAUCUCCUGGAGAACCGUAUAUUGUCUGUCAACGUCACCCCAAGCUACAACAACACUCUGGUGCUAUUUGGGAAUCCGGUGUGCGUGGAUCCAGAUUUAUCACGCUUCUGCAGCAUCCAGCAGGAGAACAUGAUAGCAUACAAGACUAGCCUGGCCAAGUGUGCCUCGACAGCUUCAUGUUCAAAUUCUCAGAGUCUGAACCCUGCAAACUGCGGAUGUGCCUAUUCAUACAACGGAAAGAUGGUCUUCAGAGCGCCAUCCUUCACGGACUUGACAAGCAGCGCCCCUUUUCAGCAACUGGAGACAAGCCUCUGGAGACAACUGGCUCUGCGUGACGACUCAGUUUACCUCUACGAUAUCCAUUUCAACAGUGACAACUACCUCCAGGUUCAAGUGAAGCUGUUCCCAUCUUCAGGGGUGUCCUUCAACCUGUCAGAACUGAUAAAGAUUGGCUUUUAUCUCAGCAACCAGACCUACAAACCACCCACAAAAUUUGGUCCUUAUUACUUCAUUGCAGAUCCAUAUGCACCCUUGUCAGGUGCUUCUGCUGGUGGUAAAAAAUCACAGAUCAGUACAGGUGCUAUCGCUGGAAUUGCGGUAGCUGGUGGACUUCUUGUGAUUGCCCUCAUUGCCAUGGUAUUAUUUGCUUUACGACACAAGAAACGGGCUAAGGAAAUGACGGGACGAGCAGACCCUUUCGCUUCAUGGGGAGUUUCUCAGAAAGACAGUGGUGGGGCUCCACAGCUCAAAGGAGCAAGGUUCUUCUCUUUCGAUGAACUGAAGAACUGCACCAACAAUUUCUCAGACAGCCAUGAGAUAGGCUCAGGGGGAUAUGGAAAGGUGUAUAAAGGAACACUUGUGGAUGGAACGCGGGUGGCGAUAAAGCGAGCAGAACCCGGAUCCAUGCAAGGCGUGGUGGAGUUCAAGAAUGAGAUCGAGCUGCUCUCCAGGGUUCAUCACAGGAACCUUGUGAGCCUGAUCGGCUUCUGCUACGAACAAGGGGAGCAGAUGCUGGUGUACGAGUAUGUCUCCAACGGAACAUUGAGAGAGAACUUGAUAGCGAGAGGGACGUACCUGGACUGGAAGAAAAGGCUCAGGAUUGCGAUCGGGUCAGCGAGGGGGCUAGCAUACCUUCACGAGCUCGCCGACCCGCCGAUCAUCCACCGGGACGUCAAGUCCACCAACAUCCUCCUCGACGAUAACCUGAAAGCCAAGGUCGCCGACUUCGGCCUCUCCAAGCUCGUCGCUGACACCGAGAAGGGCCACGUCUCCACUCAAGUGAAAGGGACACUGGGUUAUCUGGACCCGGAGUACUACAUGACGCAGCAGCUAUCGGAGAAGAGCGACGUGUACAGCUUUGGGGUGGUGAUGCUGGAGCUGGUGAGCGGGCGGCAGCCGAUCGAGAGCGGCAAGUACAUCGUGCGCGAGGUCAGGCUAGCCAUCGACCCGAACGACCGCGACCACUACGGGCUGCGGGGCCUCCUCGACCCGGCGAUCCGGGACGCCGCGCGCACCGCGGGGUUCAGGCUGUUCGUGCAGCUGGCGAUGCGGUGCGUGGACGAGUCGGCGGCGACGCGGCCGGCCAUGGGGGAGGUGGUGAAGGAGAUCGAGGCCAUGCUGCAGAACGAGGCCGACGGGGUCAGCUCAGCCGGCUCGUCGGCCAACGAGUUCGCCGGCGCGGGGGGCGCGCGCGCGCACCCGUACAGCGACGUCGAGAUCACGAGAGGGUCGUACGGGGGAGACAACGCGUCAGAGUACAUGCCGUACUUCGAGGUCAAGCCCAAGUAGGAUCAUAUUUCAGAUGUGUUCUUACCCCAUUUUUGUUGCAGCUUGCGACAUGCAUUGAAGAUUUGUAUGGAUGUGAUGCGUAUUCAUUGGUUUGUCGAGCUUUUACCAUGCAUGCUACGUGCAACCUAUCAUGAGAUUCGUGACACAACAAAAUGUACAUGGCUAGAAGUAUGGAUUUGCCAACAUAAGGUGCUUGAUUUUUUUGUUCUUAUUAAAGUCACAUUUCUUUA